AAGACAGAGGCAGUGUGUGUGAGCUGCUGCGCUGAAGCGAUGCUGCUUUAACCACUGUGUAUCUUUCAUCUAAACACGGUACUUCACACUUAACCUGUAUUUUAAGGACUCCAUCAGAUCCUACACUGUAAUGCACUGACAGACUAUUUCACCAUCCAGCCUCGAGAUGAAUGUGCAUAGCUUAUUAAACAAAUGGACUCAGAUCCACAGGAUGUGUGAAGUGGACGUUUCGUCUGAACCCAGCAGUCCAACACUGUACAAUGAGUCAUCAGAUGCGUACUACCACGUGGACCGCUGGCAGAAGCUGCGCACAGCCGUGAGGAAACUCGAGUUCUGGGAGAACUUCAGCCAUGAACUUAUCGGGAGCGGCUUCUUCUCCAAAGUCUAUAAGGUGAUGCACAACAACACGCGCAAGGUCAUGGUGGUGAAGAUUUAUAAAAAUGAUGUGGAUCAGGAUAGCAUCGUCAGAGAAAUCAGUCUCUUACAGAAACUCUCUCACCCCAACAUAGUCAGGUAUCUUGGUAUCUGUGUAAAAGAAGACAAGCUGUAUCCCAUUCUAGAGUAUGUAAGCGGAGGCUGUCUUGAGGAGCUGCUAGCCCGGAAAGAUGUUCCUCUGUGCUGGAGGGAGAAAGUGGACCUUUCCUCAGACAUCACCAGAGGCAUGAUCUACCUCCACUAUAAGAACAUCUACCACAGGGAUCUCAACUCCAAGAACUGUUUGAUAAGGGUGACUUCCCGAGGCAGAGAGGCUUUGGUCGCAGACUUUGGUUUGGCCAGGGAAGUAGUCGAACUUCCUGCCAAAGACAGGAAGCUGUCCCUAGUCGGUUCAGCCUUCUGGAUGGCACCAGAAAUGCUGCGUGGGGAACCUUAUGAUCGCAAGGUCGAUGUGUUCUCCUUUGGGAUAGUUUUGUGUGAAAUCCUGGCCAGAGUCCCAGCAGAUCCAGAAAUACUUCCAAGAACUCAGGACUAUGGCUUGGACAUCUCUGCAUUUAAGAAGAUGACUACUGGAUGUCCAGAGCGUGUACUCGACCUGGCAGUUAACUGCUGUUUGAUCGAGGCGUUCCGGAGGCCAUCGUUUACUGAGGUGCUAGAUGAGCUGUCAGAGAUCGCAGAGACGCUGGAGCCGCCUACACUCACAGAGCUGACCACUGGCUGAGCUCCAUCAUGCACACCAGUGCUAAUACUGCAUGCUUCUGUACAUACACCCGAGCGACUGGGCAAAAUCUCUUCCAGAAUCCAGCCAGACAGACGGAAGAAGACGGAGCUGUGAACCGGAUUGGCACCGUUAAUGAAACAAAGACGUACGAUAUUCUCAGAGUUCCACUGCUGACCUGAGAUCUGUUCGAUACAUUUAUGCAGGAAUAUCAGAACUGCUGCUAAAUGGACUAAGAUACAGUAGACACAAAAUAUCUAUCACCAAAUUUUGAUUAUAUAUUUCAUGGAGAGUAUGUUCUAAUUUGAUAUUUUCUUUAGUGGGAAACUGUUUUUCAAGCCUUAACCAGUGACAGUUUUUUGGACCUGCUGUGUUGCGCAGGUUUAUACCUCUUAUUUUAAUAUAAUCCACACAUAAAGGAUUGCAAAUGGAAAUAAUAACAUUUCUAUAUCCAUUCUGGGACAAAGGUUAAUCUAUUUGAUAUUUUUGUAAAUUUCUGUACAUAUACAGUAUACACAAUAAGUAUUUUGGUACACAAUCCUCCAUAUUGUAUUAUUAUUAUUAUUAUUAUUAUUAU